AAUGCGCGAUUUGAUGACGUAGCCACAAAGGUCCAAAAGACAAAUGGCGAUUGCGUUACUAGUCAUAGGCCCUGUGUGGAAGUUACAUGAAGUGGGCUGGGGAACGCUAUUGCUUGUGUUAUUUUUCUGCUUGAAUGUUUAUACGGUAUAGUGGGUGUGUUGACUUGUGUGGCUUUUGCAGCAGUUAAAGUCGCUCAUCCUGCGUGUGGAGUUUCUGUGUAACGUUAGAAAUGCGCGCUUUUUUUGCAUGGGGCUCAAAUAUGAUCGCUACUCUGUGGAUCUGCUGGUAUAUGGGCCAUUACAAUGACUUGCAUGACCAGGGAAAGGGCUGAAUCAUGUCUGUUGAUGGAGAUGUCGAUGACUGUGGGCACGAGUUUCCAGCCCAUUACAAAGUGAUGCUUGACAAACUGAAUGAGCAGCGUCAGCUGGAUCAGUUCACAGAUAUCACUCUCAUUGUGGAUGGACAUCAGUUCAGAGCUCACAAAGCUGUGCUAGCUGCCUGCAGUCAGUUCUUCCACAAAUUCUUUCAAGACUUCACUCAAGAGCCUCUAGUGGAGAUUGAGGGGGUAGGCAACACCGCUUUCCGCCAUCUGAUGGAGUUCACAUACACUGCUACAUUAGCUGUUAAUGGUGAGGCAGAAGUGAAUGAUGUCUGGAGAGCUGCAGAAUAUCUUCAAAUGCAGGAGGCUAUCAAAGCUUUAGACAACAGAAGGAAUGGUACCACCUCAUCAAACUCGCCACAAGGCCUAGGUGGAAAGAGCAAAGCUAAGAAAAGGAAGAUUACGGAGACCUUCAAUGUGAUCACAGAGACCCUCCCUUCAGUAGAGUCUGAAUCGGUUGAAAUCGAGGUAGAAGUUGGCGAGGACCAUAUCGAGGUGGAGGAAAGUGGUUUGGUGGAAGUGGUGGAUGCUGCCAGGACUACAGCCGAACCCUCCUCAGAUGACUCUGCUUUGGCCUUGUUGGCUGACAUCACCAGCAAGUACCAGCAAGAAGAGCAGACGCUCCACGUGGUUAAAAAAGAAGAUGAUUCGGUGGUCGUGCAGGAAGAGACUGUGAUUGCCUCCAAGACGCUUGAGAAUAUCGAAGUGGUGGAGGUCCAGAUUUCUCAGCUGGACAAUCUUUUCCGUUGCGACAAGUGCGAUCGCUGCUUCAAGCUGUAUUACCAUCUCAAACAGCACAUGAAGAGUCACACAGCUGCCCCGGAAAGGGGCUUUGUUUGCAGGCACUGUGGAAAAGCGUACGCCCGUGAAGGAGCCCUUAAGCAGCACCUAAAUAAUUACCAUUACGAGGCAGAGGAACAGUCCCGACGGCAGAAAAAGAAAGUGCAUGUUUGUGAAUAUUGCGAAAAGCAAUUUGACCAUUUUGGACACUUCAAAGAGCAUUUAAGGAAGCACACUGGUGAGAAACCCUUCGAGUGUCCAGAAUGCCAUGAACGUUUUGCCAGGAACAGUACACUGAAGUGCCAUAUGUCAGCCUGUCAAAAUGGCUCUGGUGCCAAAAAAGGCCGAAAAAAAUUAUAUGAAUGUCAGGUGUGCAGCAGUGUUUUUAAUAGUUGGGAUCAGUUCAAAGACCAUCUGGUCACUCACACAGGUGAUAAACCCAACCACUGCACAAUCUGCGAUCAGUGGUUCACGCAACCCCGAGACCUCCAAACACAUCUACUAGAAUUCCACGGCUUACAGCAAAAGGUCAUUGUCACGGAGGAAGUAAUGAUUUCAGACCCAACAACAGUCUUAAGCAUGGCAGAGGUGGAGGAGGGUUAUUCUGAGGAUGGUAUGAGGGUGGAACAUAUUACCGUGGAACCGAUGGAUGUUGUUGCUGUCGAGGAGACUCUUGUGGUUGAGGAGGAGACAACGCUACAGGCUUCUCCGUCUGUGGGAGGGGUGGAAGAGGCAGUGGUUUUACAAGUAGAGGAUGAGAGACUAAGAGAACAGCCAGUGGAAAUCCACAUAGAACAGGUGACUGUAGCUGAGACGGCAGACUCUGAAAUUCAACAAGAGGCUGUGGACAGUUUGAAAGAAAAUAUUGAGAUUGUGAAUGUAUGAGAGGCCUUGAUGCUUCAACCAGAUCUGUUUUUUCCACCCUUAAUGUCAUAAUAAAUGUGCAAAGGCACUUGGAAAGUGUGAUGUCAUACAGAAAAAAACCUGAUUUUUCGCGAUUGCUCUUCUCAUAGGGCUCACCAGGAAAACUGUGUUUUUGAUAUGAUCGUUGAGUUUGAUCAAAGGAUUGUAAUGCUUUCAACAUGUUGUGGAUAGGAACGAUUGUAAGAAGUGCAAUUUGUUUCAGAAAUAAUGCAUGUCGCCAGGACUGUUUCGGGUGGUUUUUAAGUUAUGUUUGUUUGUGUGUAAGAAACGUAUUUUCUUAAAAGAAUUAACGGAUUGCCCGCAACUGGUUCAGAAAUGCUAUAAAUGCAAUUAUGGCUUGUCUUUAACUUUUCUUAGUGCUAAAUUACAAUUGCCAGCUUUACAUUUUCAUUCAGAUAAGCAAAAACUAAAUGUCCACAACUUAAUUUUUUUAAUCGAGUUUGUUUUUGGGCUGUACAGAGCAAUAAAACCAUGUACGAAAUGUUUCUCCCCACAUAUCAUGUUGAGGCAUGUUGAGACUUUUCAGUAGUGCCGUUUAAUGUGAAUCUGAAUUUACACAAUUGUAUUGGUGGUAAAAUGUCGGUGGUACUUGAUGGAUGUCACUAUACACACUGGUGUAAAUUGACUACAGUAUCACCUCCCAAAUGUCAUUGCAGUAUUAAAGUUGUUUUUCUAGGAAGGGAAAACAGUCACAAACUA